UGGCACCGGGCUGCUCCCCACCGCCCCAGCAAAGAUGGUGGAAGGAGUGCUCGCCAAACUCUUCCCCAAACGAUCGUCCGCUCGCUUCACGCAGAAAUAUCAGCCCCUCGGGAGCGCCGAGCCGGAAGAGGAGAGCCAGGAGUGUGAGCUGAAAGUCGUUGAGCAGGAGAAGGAGGUGACGGUUCUGCUACCGAAAGACGCGUGUAAAUGCCAUAAAGAAGACUUGGCAAAAGCCUUAAAUGUUGAUUUACAAACUGGCCUCUCUGAGAUUUCCGUGCUACAGCGCAGGUUAAAACAUGGCUGGAAUGAAUUUUCAGUAGAUGCCACGGAGCCCAUAUGGAAGAAAUACCUGGACCAGUUUAAAAAUCCCCUCAUUCUCUUGCUGCUGGCUUCCGCUCUGGUAAGCGUCAUCACUAAGGAAUACGAGGACGCUGCGAGCAUCACCAUGGCCGUGCUCAUCGUGGUCACCGUGGCCUUCAUCCAGGAGUACCGCUCUGAGAAGUCUCUGGAAGAACUGAACAAGUUGGUCCCCCCUGAGUGCAACUGCCUGAGGGAAGGAAAACUGCAGCAUCUUCUAGCACGAGAGCUUGUGCCUGGAGAUAUCAUCUAUCUUUCUGUUGGCGAUAGGGUCCCCGCAGACCUCAGGCUGAUAGAGGUUACAGAUCUGCUGGUGGAUGAAUCCAGUUUUACAGGAGAAGCUGAGCCUUGCAACAAGACUGAUGGUGUGUUACUGGAAGCUGGAGACUUAACCACACUGAGCAAUGUUGUUUUCAUGGGGACCCUGGUGCGAUAUGGGAAGGGAAAAGGUGUAGUUAUCGGGACAGGUGAAAACUCACAGUUUGGAGAGGUGUUCAAAAUGAUGCAAGCUGAAGAGACUCCCAAAACACCUCUCCAAAAAAGCAUGGACAGACUGGGGAAGCAACUCACCCUUUUCUCCUUUGGCAUAAUUGGUUUAAUAAUGCUCAUUGGCUGGUUACAAGGGAAGCAUCUUCUCAGCAUGUUCACAAUUGGAGUUAGCCUGGCGGUGGCUGCCAUCCCAGAGGGCCUUCCCAUCGUGGUCACUGUGACACUGGUGCUGGGCGUACUUCGCAUGGCCAAGAAAAGAGUGAUCGUGAAGAAGCUGCCCAUCGUAGAAACCUUGGGUUGCUGCAAUGUCAUCUGCUCAGACAAGACGGGCACUCUGACCGCCAAUGAGAUGACAGUGACUCGGCUCGUGACCUCGGACGGCUUCCAGGCAGAGGUCAGUGGGGUGGGCUACAAUGGAGAAGGAAACGUUUAUCUUCUGCCAUCAAAGGAAAUUCUUAAAGAAUUUUCCAAUGUCUCAGUUGGGAAACUAGUGGAGGCUGGCUGCGUGGUCAAUAAUGCCAUUAUCAGGAAAAACACUGUGAUAGGACAGCCCACAGAAGGAGCUCUCCUCGCUCUUGCAAUGAAGAUGGAAUUAGCUGACAUAAAAGAUAUUUAUGCAAGAAAGAAGGAAAUUCCAUUUAGCUCUGAACAAAAGUGGAUGGCUGUGAAAUGCACGCUGAAAAAUCAGGAUCAGGAAGAUAUUUACUUCAUGAAAGGAGCAUUUGAAGAAGUUAUUCGAUAUUGCACGAUGUAUAACAGCGGUGGCAUCUCAUUAACGCUUACGCCUCAACAGAAAGCCUCCUACCAGCAGGAAGAGAAAAGAAUGGGCUCCUCAGGUCUACGGGUACUCGCGUUGGCCUCAGGUUCAGAACUUGGCAAACUAACAUUUUUGGGUCUGGUUGGAAUAAUUGAUCCCCCCAGGGCUGGAGUGAAAGAAGCCGUGCAAGUCCUUGUCGAGUCUGGCGUAUCAGUAAAGAUGAUAACUGGAGAUGCCCUGGAAACUGCUGUGGCUAUAGGACAGAGUAUUGGUCUCUGCAAUGGGAAACUGAAAGCCAUGUCUGGGGAAGAGCUGGACCAAGUGACAGAGUCAGAACUCUCAUCCACUGUCAAAAAUGUUUCCAUUUUCUUCAGAACAAGUCCAAAGCACAAACUAAAAAUCAUAAAGGCUUUGCAGAGAGCUGGUGCCAUCGUGUCAAUGACAGGAGAUGGUGUUAACGAUGCUGUGGCUCUUAAAUCUGCUGAUAUUGGGAUUGCAAUGGGGCAGGCGGGUACAGAUGUCAGCAAAGAGGCUGCCAACAUGAUCCUUGUGGACGAUGACUUCUCAACAGUAAUGAAUGCAAUAGAAGAGGGAAAAGGAAUAUUUUACAACAUUAAAAACUUUGUCCGGUUCCAGCUGAGCACGAGCAUUUCAGCUUUGAGCCUAAUUACUCUGUCAACAGUGCUCAACCUACCAAAUCCACUCAACGCUAUGCAGAUCUUAUGGAUCAACAUCAUCAUGGAUGGGCCCCCAGCCCAAAGCCUGGGAGUUGAACCUGUUGAUAGGGAUACAAUCAAACAGCCGCCCCGAUGUAUUACGGACACUAUACUCAGCAAAUCACUGAUCCUGAAAAUCUUCAUGUCAGCUCUAAUUAUCAUUAGUGGAACCCUCUUCGUCUUCUGGAAGGAGAAUCCCAAAGGUGGCAUAACCCCCCGCACCACAACGAUGACUUUCACAUGUUUUGUGUUUUUUGACCUCUUCAAUGCUCUGACGUGCCGCUCUCAGACAAAGCUGAUUCUGGAAAUAGGCUUUUUCCGAAACCGCAUGUUCUUGUACUCUGUGCUUGGGUCAUUUCUGGGACAGCUGGCUGUUAUCUAUGUCCCUCCGUUACAAAGGAUCUUCCAGACAGAGAACUUGGGAGUGCUAGCUAGGCCGUGCCUCUGUGCUGAUGCAGCAGAACAACUAUCUGCAGCAGGAAGGCCCUCAGCCCAGCACCAAACCCAGCCGCCCACUGUGUUCACCCACGCUCUGUUCCCUCUCAACAGACUUGCUCUUUCUCACGGGACUGGCUUCCUCAGUUUUCAUCGUGUCCGAGUUGGUCAAGCUCUGUGAGAAACGCUGCUGCCGCCAGCAGCACACCAAGGAAUGCUGGAACUGACGCACAAGAGUUGGGCAACUCAAACGCACCAGGCUCAUAACGAUGCACGUCUUGUCUGAAGAUAGCCAAGUGAAGCUGCACCGACAGCUCUUCCCACUGCAGCCCGUUCCUUCUGCACACUGCACGUAAGCGACGCGAGCUGUCAGCAGGCACCUCGGGAAUGGCUCCUGCUGUAAACCACGAGCAGGUAUAUUUCCUAACGUUGAGCUCUGCGUCGAGAAUGCUGGUAGCCCCCAAACGAAACGACGCAGUUUCACACCUGUACAGAAACAUCUAUCGUGCAUAAAUUGAAGUUUUAUUUAUUUAAAUCACAGUGAUUUUUAUUAAUAAAAUCUAUGUUUUAAAAUGA